GUAUACCAUCUUGUUUCGGUUCCAUUUACUUCCUUGUAAAAUAAGAUCGUUACGUGGAAUAAAAUCAGUCCAUGAAGUUAAUUCCCCGUAAGGGUUAAUAAUUUAGCUGAGACACAACCUCUCGUCGAGAUUUUGGGGCAAGCAGUUGGUUAUUCAUACUGAUAGCAAUCAGCUCGUCCUCAAACCGGAGUGAACUCCAAUCUUGUGCAUUGGCCGUUCAAAUAAGCGACCCACAUUGAGCCAUGGGCAGCAGUAUCAGCCUUUGGAGGCCAACUGAGGAUAAUGCGCAGAUUCAAAAACAAAAACAACUACUGAGAGCGAAAGAAGCCAGUAAGCAGAUGCUAUUCGGCGUGUUUGGUAACCUGCUGGCCAUUAUCGAAGAGUUUGAGCAGCGCACUAUAAAUGGACGCGUGCCGCGAUCCGCUAUUGCCCUACCCGAUCAGAAACACAAAGAUCUAGAAGACAUUAGAAGCAUAGUCCAGACCCAGAUUUUAUUGUUUGAAACUCAAAAUCGCGUCUGCUUACCAGAAGUGAAAUCAAGUAUUAACAGCGAAAUGCGUCAAAGGACUUUGAUAUGGGCUGCAGUAAGGUCAGAAAACAACGUCGCCUUGGAUGAAACAGACACAUAUAUUGCCCAGCUGUAUGAAAUUCUCGUAAAAGGAAAGACGAAACAUGAAUGCCUUGAGAAACCACCCAAGCAUGUGAACGAUGAAACCAUACGGGAGAACUUUCAGCAUAUCAUGAAGGGCAAGCAUGACGCCUCGGUACUUGACGAAAGCUUCAAAGCUGAUUCCAGAAAAAAGGCGACAGCACCAGCGACUCGUCAGUCUUCCAACGAGCAUGCCUACAGGCUUGGUGCUCAGCGGAUCAUGGGUGUCAAAAAAGACUUAGAGAAGGUUCUUCAAAACGACGUUAAGUUGUUCGAGAAAGAGGUUAUGAUGGAAACGUCUGAUCUCCGAUAGUGAUAUCAUCAAAUUUGUAUUUUCGUGACGCGCAUGUCGGGUUUACUUUCUGUUUUUUGUCUUACUAUAAGUGUAUUGCUGGGUAAAUUACAUGUGUGUAAACAGAGAUGCACCUACAUUUUCUAUGUGUAUAUAUAAACGUUGAAAUAUCGUUAUCUUUCUGGAUUUGUUUAUUUAUAAUAUAGAAACAUGUGUUUUUGCAGAAACAUACCAUUAUUUUUUACACGUAUAUGGGUGUGAAGAUAAAUAUUUUUUUUAUUUGGAAAUCGCCAGCAAUACCGUAAUUUGGACUGUUUUCAGUAAACAUGGACUUAUAAUGCAUUCUUUUCUAAAUGGUCAACUUAUUCGUUUUAAUUAAAUGUAAUAUAGUCUUAUACAAUCAUAAUACAUUAAACUAAUAUUAUGUUAUCACUAUCAUGUAAACACUUUCGUUAUUUAUGGACAUACAUUGCAUGUCGAUCUUUAUAAUAUAUGUGUGCAAAUAUUGUGUUUUGUUUGAUGUUUAGAAUAAAGUAAAAUGGUU